AUGGAUGAGCAAUACGACAUCAUUGUUCUUGGCACCGGCUUGACCGAAUGCAUUCUCUCGGGUAUCUUUUCUGUUGAGGGCAAAAAGGUCUUGCAUAUGGACCGUAACGACUAUUAUGGUGGUGAAUCUGCUUCGCUUAAUCUUAAGCAGUUGUAUGCCAAGUUCCGCCCUGACGCCGAGGUGCCUACUGAUUUGGGUCGCGACCGCGACUACAACAUCGAUUUGAUUCCCAAGUUCAUGAUGGCCAACGGAGAAAUCGUGCGUUUCUUGACCCAUACGGAUGUCACUCGCUAUCUCGAAUUCAAGCAAAUUGCUGGCUCCUUUGUAUAUCGCGAUGGCAAAAUCUCAAAGGUCCCUGCCAGUGAAACCGAAGCUAUCUCUUCUCCUCUUUUGGGCAUGGUUGAAAAGAGACGCUUGCAAAAGUUCUUGGAAUUCAUUCAGAAUUGGAAGGAGGAGGAUGUAUCUACACACGAAGGCUUUGAUUUGGAUAAGGAUACCAUGAUCAAGGUUUAUGAGAAGUUUGGACUUGAACCUGGUACCCAGGACUUUAUUGGUCACGCCAUGGCACUUCACUUGGAUGAUGGUUAUCUUGAAAAGCCUGCUCGCGAGACUAUUGACAAGAUCAUUCUUUACGUUGCUUCCAUUGCUCGCUACGGCAAGAGCCCUUACAUCUAUCCUCUCCAUGGUUUGGGUGAAUUGCCCCAAUCCUUUGCUCGUUUGAGUGCUAUCUAUGGUGGUACCUACAUGCUCGAUCGUGCUGCUGAUGAAAUCGUUUACGAGAAUGGUGUUGCUGUUGGCGUCCGAUCUGGUAACGAGGUUGCUCGUGCAAAGCAAAUCAUCUGUGACCCAUCCUAUGCAAAGAGCUUGGUCAAGGCCACUGGUAAAGUUGUUCGUGCUAUUUGCUUGUUGAAGCACCCUAUCCCCAACACUGGUGACGCCGACUCUGUUCAAAUCGUCAUUCCUCAAAACCAGCUCAACCGUAAGCAUGAUGUUUACGUCGCCUGUGUCUCCAGCAACCACAAUGUGUGCCCCAAGGAUAUGUACCUUGCUAUUGCUUCCACUGUUGUUGAGACUGAGGAUCCUGAAAAUGAAAUCAAGGCUGGUUUGGAUUUGAUGGGACCCAUUCAUGACAAAUUUGUUUCGGUGUUGGAUUUGGAAGAGCCCCUGGCUGAUGGCACUUCGGACCAAGUCUUCAUCUCUCGCUCAUACGAUGCUACCUCCCACUUUGAAUCUGUUUGCGAUGAUGUCAAAAACAUCUACCGUCGUAUGACUGGCUCUGACCUUGUUCUCAAGCAAAGACCCACUCAAGAUCAAGAUCAAGCUGAUGCUUAA